UGGUCAUUAUUGUGUUGUUUUGUAUGGAAAAUAUUUUUUUUAGCUUGCUAAUUCUCAAAAUUUAUUUUUAUGCUGAAAUUCUCAUGAUUAUUACCUUAUUAUGAAUAUUUUAGCAAAAUAUGGAAUCAAUAAAAUAUUGAGGGUGCCCAUAAUUUACGCCCUUUACUGUAGCUAACUUUGUUUUGACAGAUUGCGCCGCUGUCGUUUGUUUAUUUACCAAAAAAACGUUUGCGAGGUGUAUUUCUCUCAAUAUUGAAUUGGUAAUUUGAAAAACAAGGAUAUUUCCGAGUAAUUUUCAUUGAAACAUUCAUCUAUUUGUACAAAGUUAUAAUAAUUGUGAAAAUUUCAGACUCCAAACCAAAUGGAUUCGGUGCAAACGCUUGAGGCAUUGGAAAUCGAUGUUGGUGACUUUCCGAUGGAGGAGCAGUAUCUGGAAGAGGAUCCGUUUGCAGAUUGCCCUGCCGGAGAUGGGGACACGGAUGGUCCCUCAGUAAGUGCAAAUCCGUACCAGUUGGAUGAUUCGGAAUUCGACAACAGUGCUGCACCAGAGCAGCCGGAUGAUUCAGAGUUUGCGAACAGUGCUGCGUCGGACCAGUUUGAUGAGUCAGCAGGAGAAGGUGGUCCUUCAAAAAAGCGUAAAAACAAAUCCAAAGGUAAACAUGACACGUCGGAAGAUUUGUUUAUGUGCACGCUUGCCGUUUACAAACGCGAAUUUAAAGGACAAACGUCUGGUGCUUACAUUGCACACUGGGAGGUUUCCGGGAACUCGAGCGCGGACUUUGUAACACGAGUUUGGGGCCUAUCCUGUGCUUAUUUGAACCGAGAGAUUGUUUUCGAGACGAAUCCUGAUGGUGAAAGUACUCCAAGGUGGAGUACGAAAGAAAAACCAACGGAGGAAGACUUCAAGCAGUUCGCCCUGUUCCUAUCCGGACGCAGACCCUACACAAUCGAUAACAUUCUUGACAACAAACAACAUUUGCUACAAAGCUGGCGCGGCAAAGAAGUAUCUCUCCUUUUGCACGUUUACUCCCUGAGCGUCAGCAACCGUUCGCAGUGGAUUAAGGUAAAGGAUACACUGAUCGAUCCGAUCGAACACGAUCGCGCUGGAGCUGCGACAACUCAAGCGUUGCAAGAGCUCACCGAAAAGCUGCGAAGUGACCACGGCAAAUUCCUGAAAGGGCAUGACAUGGCCUGGUCCUUUUGGGCCAAUGCUAUUCACAGUGCGCCUGCCCAUCAGCGCUCCACCAUGAUGCAGUAUCCGCCGGAAUCGUUGGCGAGUUUGUUUUCGAUUCAAGAAGGGGUCCGAAUGAACGCUGUCCGCCAUGAAUUGGAGGCUGCAAGUAAUGUGAAUGAAAGUUAUCAUGAUGACAUCGUAGAAGUGCGCAAAGCUUUCGAGGCUUUCAAGGUCACUCUCAACCGUGGACUUCAAACAUUGGAUGAUCGAAUUACGAGACUGGAGACACGGGAACAUACGAGCAGCAGCCUGAUUAACUCUAUGAAAACAUCUGUUGUUGUCCAAGAAGAUGCUGUCGGGAAGAACUUGAAUAAGAAAGUUUCCAACUGCAUUGAUGACCAGCACAGUCCGUAA